GGUCCCGAUUCCUAUGAAGCUGCUUAAACCCAUUUCAUUGUGUUGUAAUGAAAGACAAUUUAGUAAACGUCAGUCACGGCACAAAGAGAACUUGUAAUUCAUUAUUUCAACGAUUUUACAAAAUUCAGUAUGUUUUACCCAUUUGCUCAACGCAAUACCAAGCCAUGAGGUUAUGAUUCAACUAAAUCAUGUUACCAUAAAACAGUUCUUGAAAUAACUUACGAACUAACUAUUAUACGAUCACAAUUACAAUUGGUUAUUUAGCUCGACAGAGAUUCAUAUCUGGAUCAUCGUUUUCGGUUAUCACCAACUUCAAGUUUUCCCUAUCUAAUCAAAGCUUCUUAUUUUCUCAUUUUCCGCAUUUCUGGAAAGUGCUGAGACACCCAUCGUUACUUCUUCUAGGUCAAUUGAAGGUCGCUAUUUCAACCUGGCCGAAUAUCAAAAACCCAGAGGUCAAACUCAAACGAACUUUCCAUUGAAUCAAAUUCCAUCAAAAUUCCAUUUCUAUUCAUUCCAAUUAUUCAAUCAGUUUUAUCUCAUUUUGAACAAAAAUUUAACAUAAAUCUAGUCUGGAGUGACCACUUAUCGAAAGAAUCAAAGUGGUUACUAAUUAUACCAUUGAUAGCAACAAGAAUUCAUUCUUGACCUUCACACGCAAACAUGUUUGAAAUACUUCUGAAAUUCUUCAAAUUCAUCGUUUAUUACCAUAUUUACAAAAAUAGCGGCAAUCAAAUUCGUACCAAAUCCGUUUAGUGAAUCACUUUUUCGCAAACUCUUUUGCAGUUAACCUACAGUUUAAAUCAUCAGAUUAUUCUCAGCAUUUUCAAGUCUGUUAAAUGCAGCAGCUAUCUUUUACAAUGAAACCCGAAAAAUUAUCAAAAAUAACGAAAAGAAGUCAGAAAGUGAAAUACAACCGAAAACCUCCGGUGAAGUUGAGGACUGCUGAAAAAGCUUCGACGAUAACGACAAGAACAAUCAGCGAAGCCUUAACUACAAAUGUUACAAGCAUAGCCACCGGCCAAACAAGUACACUAGAAGCAGAAAAAUCAGAAACAUCGGAAAAAACUUCGCAAGCAGUUACCCAAACGGUCACUAAAUUGGAGCCUAAGCAGGACCCUAUCAUUCAGGUCAAAAGCGAAACAAUUUCGCCCAAAAUUCCCAGAAGAGAAAGACCCAAUCAGUUGAAACUGGAACCACCUGAUUUGAGCACAGUAAAACCCGAAUUAACGCCGUUAACUAUUGAUGUCACUUGUUCACACAAUUCAAAUCGAGCCUCCGAAAAACGUAACACCCGUCAAACUUCUCAGAAAACGAACCCACAAGAAGUCACAAUACACAGAGGCAGUUGUUUCUGUGGAGCAGUGCAGUUUGAGUUCACGAGUAGACCCAAAGUUAGGGCACUAGUCAAUUGUACAUGUGACAGCUGUCAGAAGUAUUUGGAUGCGUGUCUGUACAUUAGGAGCGAUAACUUCAAAAUCACAGCAGGCGAAGACAAAGUGACAUGUUUCCGAGUAGGGGUCGGCAUUGUGUCCAACAACUUCUGCUCAGUGUGUGGGGUGAAAGUGUUCAGAAAAGUGAGCAACGCGCCACUAAAGAUAGCAAAUCUACUGGUCGCAAUAUGCGGACCACAUCCACCACUAGAAGAUACGGCAGAACUGCCCUCUCCAACUCCAGAGGAAAACACCUGUGCCUUCAAAUCUGGCCCAGAGAAGUGCGAUGUGAUCGGAAUCGGAAACAUCGACGCCAUACAGGACAAGAGCAUCUCCUAUGAGAAGAUACUCACAGUCGACAUGACCAAGAUCUCCUGGGACGAAAUGAAACGACUUUUAUCUGUUUGAUAACACAAUGCAACCAAAACUCCAAUUUACCACCCAACUCUAAACGGUUCUUCACAAAACAAUCCAACAUCUACCCAUAUGAGUUCCAAAAGAACAUUAUAAGCAUCAACUAAGACGAAGAUGAUGAACGAAAAUAUCUAUCGCAGAGUAGAUGGUCAGAUGACAUUGCAAGCCUAAUAGAACUGCGAACAGCGGUUUUCGUCAUCCUCUAUUUCAGGAGACUAAAAACAAGUUCCACAUGCUUGUAGUUAAGCCAAUUUACAAAAAAAGCACACCUCUAAUCAAUUUUCGAAUAAAUUUGUUACCAUC